AGAACGCAGGGGUGCUAGAUCAACGGGGCUUUUUCUAUGUGGUUUGUUUAUCAUUUGUUUAGCGCUUUUGACGGAGCGUAAUGAGCUUGUUUGAAUAGUUUGAAUAAAGAAAACAAAGCGUCAUGUCACAACAGGAGCUUCUCCUGGACUCGGCGCCGAGCGGCGCGAAGGAGAGCAGGGGCAGAAGCCGACUCGGUCUCAUCGUCACCGGGGUGAUGGGAGGGUCGCUGGUCGCCCUGUACGCGGUGGCCGCCCCUUUUGUUGCCCCUGCCCUGAGAAAAAUCUGCCUCCCGUUUGUCCCAGCGACCACAGCUCAGGUGGAGAAUGUCCUCAACGUGCUGCGGGCCAGAUCAGGGAGCCUGGUGGACAUUGGGAGUGGAGAUGGGAGGAUAGUGAUUGCAGCAGCCAAGCAUGGGUUCAAGGCGUCGGGCUUUGAGCUGAACCCCUGGCUGGUGUGGUAUUCUCGCUACAAGGCCUGGAGAGAGGGAGUCCAUUGCUCCACCUCCUUCCACAUCUCUGACUUGUGGAAGGUCAGUUUUGGUCAGUACUCCAAUGUUGUCAUUUUUGGAGUCCCUCAAAUGAUGGACCAGCUGGAGCUGAAGCUGGCGAGGGAGUUGCCAAGAACAGCCAAGGUGGUGGCCUGCCGCUUCCCCUUCCCUACCUGGGUCCCUGAGGAGACAGCUGGGGAGGGCAUAGACACUGUAUGGGUGUACGAUGCUGAGACGUUUAAAUCACAGCUGCAACAAGGAAUGACAAGAAAGACAAUGCCAGAACAAGAGGACACGCCAGAUACACACACAUAAGUGCAGAAACUCAGAUUUUAUUAAGUUGUCAUCAGGCUUUGUAAUCCUUUGAUUAACUGUUUUUUCUGUUUUGUUUUGUUUUUUUUAAUCCAUGCAAUUUCUACUCCAGGAUAGACUGAUAAAAGACUGAAACUCUUCUUUAAAAUCCUCUUUUCAUCAGUGUCUAAGGUAGAUAAGAUUUAACCGAAAAAAGUUGGAAACUUGCAAACUCAUGCUGAAAGUGGGCUGAUCAAUCAGUCUGUAUUUGACACUCGUGAUGCUCAACACCAGACAUGGGGUCAAAGAGAUUGCAAAUGGUGAUGGCUUGAGAAAAGUCCUUCCCGGGAAAAGUGGUACUGGUCAUGAAUGAUUGCAUUGCAUCACUUGAUUGUGUCAAGGAAGUUGCAGUGCAUUUUGCUGUUUAUACUAUGUAUGAAAUCACUUUAUCAUUUCUUGACAGACAAAGGUUUUUUGCCAAGAGGCUGGUAAAUGUAACAGGCUUGUCUAAUAGGAGAUUGUUCACCACAAUAUUUUGAACAGGAAACCACUGUUCCGUGUCCUGUUUUUAGGUUUGUGUAUUUAUUAAUAAAUACAACAUGGAACUCCUCAA